AUGAGUGGGCCAGUGAUUUCUGCGGCAACUGAUAACCUGAUGGCCCGGAUCGGGGAGGGAGAGCGGAGUCAGAGUUCAGGUGGACAGCCGCUGAAUCUGGCACAUCGGUCACCAACCGUUGACCCUGGCGUCGUGCCGGAGAUGCAGGCCGAUCCGAGCCGUAAGAGCAGAGGGCGCGAGCGCGCAAGUGACGCCGAGACUGAGCUUGUCGUCCCAGUGCGAGGAGGCGGUAGCAGCGUCGAAGGAGGAGGAACUCCAGCCAUGGUAGGAGGAGGAGGGGGAGGAGGCAGCAGCGGAGGAGGUGGUGGCAAAAGGAGGCACCGGAGGCGACCGUCCAAGAAGAAGCGUCGCUGGAAGCCCUACUUCAAGCUAUCUUGGGAGGAAAAGAAACAGCUGGAUGAGAGGGAGAGCGUACGGGCGGCCAAGACCCGGGCCGAAAUGUUCGCGAAAGGUUUCACCGUGGCUCCCUACAACACCACCCAGUUCCUCAUGGAGGAACACAACCAGGAGGAGCCCGACCUCAACACCGGCGUCUGCCCUAAACGUGUCAGCAAGUCGGAUGAGACGAGCGAGGAGGAAGAGCUGGAUGAGGAAGAUCAGGAUAGCGGCAGCGAUGGCAUGGGAGGCAACGGCAGCGAAUUCCUGCAGAGAGACUUCUCCGAGACUUACGAGAAGUAUCACGCAGAGAGCCUACAGAAUAUGACCAAGCAGGAGCUGAUUCGGGAAUACCUGGAGCUGGAGAAGUGCCUGUCCAGGCUGGAAGAUGAGAACAACCGGCUACGGUGUCGCUUGGAAGGGAAGAAAGUGGCCCGGGGUAACGAGGUGAUGGAAAACAAGAUCAGAGAACUGGUUGGAGAGAUUGAGAAACUGAGAGCCGAAAACCUCCAGCUGCAGGAAAAAAACGAACAAUAUAAAGGAAAAAAUUGA